AUUGCGCGUGCGCGGUCGGUCUUUCUCUCUCGGUCGAGGUGACGAGUGGCUGUGGUGGAGCUGCCCCGAGGUUCCGAACCACCAUGCAGCUAUUUGUACGAGCUCAAAACACCCACACACUUGAUGUGACUGGGGAAGAGACAGUUGGGGAACUUAAGGCCCAUAUUGAAUCAUUGGAAGGUGUCUCUUCUGUUGAUCAAGUUAUCUUGUUGGCUGGCUCUCCCUUGGAUGAUGAUGCUGUUAUUGGACAGUGUGGUAUCAGUGAGCACACUACUCUGGAAGUAGUUGCUCGAUUAUUGGGUGGUAAAGUUCAUGGGUCCCUUGCUCGUGCUGGUAAAGUGAAGGGUCAAACACCAAAAGUGGCAAAGCAAGAAAAAAGGAAAAAGAAGACUGGCCGUGCAAAGAGGCGGAUGCAGUACAAUCGCCGCUUUGUAAAUGUUGUGCCAUACUUUGGCAAGAGGAAGGGGCCAAACUCAAACUCCUAAAUUUGUCAUCUAAAAUGUUGCCUUCUGCAGAUAUGAUUGUAUGUAUUGGAGUUGAUAUGAAAAAUCAAUGAAAUGGUGACUUGCCUCAGGAUAUUCUAAUAGGAUUAAUAAAGAUUACCACCAUAA